AUGGCCUUCCUGUCGUGCUCCGACUUCUCCCCGCUCUUCCGCCUGCUGGAUGACUACGAGACCCACCGCUCGCGCCCCGCGCCAUCCACAGCCCGAAGUCCAUCCACCAGAACCACAUCGGCCCCCACCCGCCGGUCAUUCUUCACCCCGGCAUUCGAUGUGCGCGAGCUGAACGAGGCCUACUACCUGGACGGCGAGCUGCCAGGCGUAGACCAGAGCAACAUCGACAUCGAAUUCAGCGACCCGCAGACCCUCGUCAUCAAGGGCCGCACCGAACGCAACUACCAGUCGCAGUCCUCGCCGGCCGAGGCCCAGGUCACUCCUAGCUCCAGCCGCGCCACCUCUCCCCAAUGGCGGCAGCCUACGGUCGAAGAUGAGAACGAGGACGAGGACACGGACGUGUCUGACGCCCGCUCUACGUCGACGGCUGCAUCCACGACCUCCACCGCGGCCGUGAUGGUGCAGAAGCCCUCUGCAGCCCCGCCCUCAGCCGGCCACUACUGGGCGGCAGAGCGGUCAAUCGGCGAGUUCCAGCGGACGUUCAGCUUCCCAGCGCGGGUGAACCAGGACGGGGUGCGCGCUUCGUUGAAGAACGGCAUUCUCUCCGUGAUCGUGCCCAAGGAAGCGGCGCCAAAAACGAAGAAGAUCCGCAUCUACUAG